UUUCAGUACAUGGAAUGCACAUCUUUGUGUCUGCUUUCAACAAUGUGAAGCCGAGAAAGCCAUUUAGAACGGAAGCCUUCUCCUUUAGUCAGAUGUCGUAAGUAUCGCGUAGCCUACUACUGGGGGACCAGGCCAACAAACGUGACACUGCCCUCACAGAGUUGUUUAGAAGAAGAUGCGUUUUUAUUCGUUGAGACCUACAUUCGAGGCUUCUGCCAGUUAUUUCGUCUACAAUUAAAAUGUUCGUCUUCAGCAUAUCUCAGCGGUGAAAGCCAGAAAAGGCAACCGGGCUCGUGACCGACUUCAGACGUCAAAAAUUGAUCACUUUCGCACAUGUGCGAUUCCCGGAAGUUCCGUUGUUACCAGCUGCAAAAUGUGUUCGCCUAAACUUGUUGUGUGCAUACCGCUAUUUCAGAAAAGUGAGGCUCUUCAUAGACUUUCUCCCUUGUGAGUACCAAGCAACGAACGUCCUUUUAACGACAUGGAACGAGCUUUUCCCGUCAAGCCCGAGUGUCGCUGCUGCUGCUGUUGGAUGGUGUGUUCCGCCGCAUACGUUUUUCUUGGUAUUCUUGCUACUCUUACGAGGAAUUAUGCUUAUUCGUGGGUCAUUACGUUUUGCUGCCGUGGACAAGCGUCGUGUAAGCAACCCCGUUUAUUUUUUUUACCCGCAAAAUCCGGCCUGGUGUGUCUCUUUUAACACCGUGCAGCUUCCUCCCACUUUCGCCGGAUGUAACUUAUCCGUGGGCUAUAAUUGCACGUUGUGUGGACCUGCCGUUUUGGCUCGGGGUCGAGCACGAUGACGCGAAAACUACGGAUUCCGUCUCGCCUCAUGCACAACCCGUUUUUCACUUUGUUGCACACCUCGGCCAUGGGUCCCGCGGAUCUGCUGAAUGCCACCACCGUCGCGUCCACUCUGUAUCCCUUGCAACCUUAUGAUGUCUCUCAGUCUUCUUCGCGAUUUCUUCCUGCUGACAGCUCAAAUGUCUCCCUGCCCGUUUCUAGGUUUCCACAACAGUGUCCACUUUUCUCUGGCGCCUCACUCAAGAGUACAGAUGUGCGCAUCGAUGCUGCGGAGCCGAACCUGAAAACUCGUUUCCUUGACAGCAAGAAGGCCCAGAGUCUCGCCCCGAGAUUCCCUCAGUGCGGAAAUGCCGGAGAGACGCCUUGUCCGAGAGUUCAGGCCGUUGAAGACAACAGCCACAAGAACGGGGGAGAGCGUUACCCGUCCCCUCCACAUCUGAGCAGAGACGUUCUGUGGGAGCGACUGGUCUCUCGCGCCUCCGUGCUUCUGCCAAAUUUCAGUCCUUCCGGCAUUGUGCAGCUUCUGUUUCUUCUUUAUCGAGCUGGAUGCAAGCCUCGCGUUCUUCUGGACCAAAUUGCUACACAGUUGCUGGAGCAAGAGGCGUGUGCCGCGCCUCCGGAAUCCUUUUGGUCUGUCUGGACAGCUAACGACAUCGUGUUGUUUCUUCAUGUUCUUGGCUUACAUCGUUAUCGCCACGAGACUCUUCUCUGCCAGGUGGUGAAGGAGUUAAAGAAGGCGACUUUCUUUUUAACCGUCAGUGAUCUCGGGAUCCUUUUUGGAGCAUGCAACAGACUGCUGGCACUGCCUAAAGAUGGUGGCGAAUCGCCACCGUUUUUCUCUGAAAAUGAUUUGCAGGUUUUCUCUCUCCUAGCCACUGCGCAGGUUACGCACGCUUCGUUUGCCCUUCCUCGCGAUGUCGUGGGGCUUCUUGUCGGCGUCAUGAGAACCGCUCGAGCCUUACAUGUCGCUCCUUCAAAAACAUUUCUUGUGGCUGCGGUUCGCCGACUCGGAAAAGAAACCUCCGGCAGGGACCGCAACGGGAGCAGGGAGGUGACCCUCAGCGCAUGGGGUAUACAACGAGCGAUCUACGCCGUCUUAGCGGCGCGCGGACUGCUGCUUUCGUCCAGUUCGUCUCAGGCAGAGAUCUCUGGACGACGCCGUGACGGGAGCGCUACAAACACGGACCUCUUUGGGCUUGUCCAUGAGCCAGCUCAACACUCCCCAGGAGACAGCAAAGGCGAUGGAGACAUGAAACUCGAAGAAGACGCGGGGUCGGACAGAAAUCCCAAUGAAUCUUGGAACGUCUCCGCUCCGUCGCUCUUGCCGCCGCAUGCGGUAUCUGGCGAGAAUGCAGGGUCCGCCUCCCAGGGGACAAGCAACGACAGUGCAGUGCUCCUCGCCCCAUCGGGUCUGAGUCAGAGGCCGGCAUUACGUUUCGAGAUAGAAGACGAAUUAGACGAGUCCUCCGAUUCCAGAAAUGUGAAUGAAGAGGCCGUCGGCGUCCUGGUGAACUUGCUUCAUCGCCUGUCAAACCGCCUCGGCGACUUGUCGCCAGUUGAGGCCCUCGACCUUCUGCAGGCACUUGAAGAGCACAGACAGCUUUGGCCGCCUGAGAUGCUAGACUGUGCGACGCGCAGCGUCUCCCUGAGUGCUACGAGCGGGGCAGCGUCAUCGAACAGCUUGCAGGGUGCAGUGGCGUCCCAGUCCACAGAGUUCCUGAUGCUCCCAGACGUCGAAGGUAUAUUUUUUCACAUUGAAAGAUAUCGUCACUUGCUGUCGCCAGAGCAACUCACUCUCUUCAACAAGCUUGUGGCUGCGCAUUUGAAGAGACACCGCGAAGCCCUACCGGAGAGGCUCCUGCGUACGGACGCUCUCCCCUCUACGUCUUCUGAUCCUUUGCCGUCUCUUGAGUUUUAAUCUCUUUUCCAAAGAAGACAUUCAGUUUUCUCAGUUCACAACUCCCCCGGAGAAUGUCAGUCACUUAAAAAAUGCAUCGUUACCUACAGAAAGAAAUCAAGAAUACACGUGGAGAGCAACACUCAC